UUCGUUCCUCAUUUUUUUGUCUGCGUUUGGUCAGGUUUGGUCUUUUCUGCUCUUCUCUCGUCGUCAUUUCUCUGUCAGACAUCCCAUCCUCGAAAUUAGUGGACACCGUUAAUUAUUUAACUGUUCUGACACCAAGAAUACAACUCAAACGGGAAUAGAGUGUGGAAUUAUUUUUCUUUAAGAAAAUUACGGUAGCAGAAAAAGAUUUUUUUUUCUCCCUCACGACCUGUUUAGUCAAAAAUAAUUUAUAUUUUAUAAACGACGGAUUUGUGACUAGAUUUUCCUCUUUUCAAUAGUCGAAUUCACGUAUAUAUAUAUAUGUAUUUCAUAUAGGUCUUUAGAAAAUCUUAUUAAUAGUCUCUAGAAUAGUUUUUUUUUUAAUAAAAAAAGAAAUUCAAAGCGCGAAGUUUUUAUUAUUAUUUUUGACAUUAAAAAGUUGAAAAUAAUGCCUGCAUCUAAUUCCAUCAACAUUGCAGUUAUUUGUUCAAGUAAUAUGAACAGAAGCAUGGAAGCGCAUGCUUUUCUCAGUAAAAAAGGUUUCAACGUUCAAUCCUUUGGAACUGGAGAUAAAGUCAAACUUCCAGGGAAUGCUCCGGAUCGUCCAAAUGUUUACGAUUUUGGAACUUCUUACGAAGAAAUUUACAAUGACUUACUCACGAAAGACAAGCAAUAUUAUACACAAAAUGGUCUGCUGCACAUGUUAGAUAGAAAUCGUCGGAUAAAACCAAGGCCAGAAAGAUUUCAAGCUUCCAAGGAUAAAUUCGAUAUUCUAAUAACUUGCGAGGAAAGAGUUUAUGAUCAAGUUAUUGAGUGCAUGGAAUCAAGAACGCCCGAAGAUAAUCAACCAGUUCAUUUAAUUAAUAUUGAUAUUCAGGAUAAUCAUGAGGAAGCCACCGUGGGAUCUUUUCUCAUUUGCGAACUCGUUACUGUGUUGGCGAGCAGUGAUGAUUUGGACAAUGAUAUUGAUGAAUUUCUUCAUGAAUUCGAAUCGAAAUUCGCGCGAAAAAUAUUACACACCGUACUUUUUUAUUAAAAAAAAAAAAAAAUAGUUUUGUAAUUGAAUUUUUUUAUUAUUCUAAAGCUCGAUUUUAUCAUGGAAUAUUUUUUUCAAAAUUGCAGUUUUGUCUGUGCUUCCUAAUUAAGUUAUUAUAAAAAAAAUAAGGUCAACGACUGGAUUAAAUUAUUGACUUUUUUUUUCUUUUCUCAAACUCGUCUCAUAUAUUUUAAAAAUUAGCUUCAAAUAUGUCAAUAAAUUUUGCAUUAUAUGUAAUAUUUUCUUUGCAAGAGUGAAAUAUUAAAUGAUUUUUGAUAUUUCAAUUUUUAUUUUUAAUUAGGAAACAAAUAUUGUAAGAGAUGAGUUCGAGAAAUGACUGAAACUAUAUUACCUCAGAGAUAAAAUGUAAUUUUUGCGCAACUAAUAAGAUUAUUAGAAUCUUGAUUAUUCAAUGAACAAUAUCGUAAAAAAUGAAUAUUGAGAUUAAACGUAAUCAAAAGAAAAGAAAAUAGCAUGCAAUUGUAAUAUACAAAUUUUAAUAAUUACAAUAUGUACAUAUAUAUAGGUAUUGUGACAAAUUUAUAAAUAAUUAUAUAUAUGUAUGUAUAAAAACUUUACUGUUGUGCAGUAUAGAGAAAAUCCUGUUUUUAAUAAUAAUAAUAAUAAUAAUGAAAAAUUUCUUUACGAGAAAACAAUUGUCACUUCCAUGUAUAAAAAAAAUAAUAAUUUGUUUAAAUUUUUUUUUGAAGCCACGGACUGCGAUCUAUUAAAAAAAAUGUUUAAACACAAUUGUAAAAUUUUUAUGACAUUCUUCAUCAAUGUUGAUCAAGAUGAGCGUACAAUCUUCUUGCCUUUUCGCGUUUCUUUUUAUUAGAAUGUUUAUUAAUUUUCUUCCAAGGUUUCUCAACACUUUGAACAGAACCUAGGUCGCUGAAAUAAAAAAAUUAUUUUCGUAAAUAAAAAUAUUGGUGAAAGUGUAUCCAUACAGAAAAAUGCGUUUGUAAUGUAUAUAUUAUUAAAAAUUCUAUAUAUACAAUUUUGAAAAAAAAACAUGUAAAUGCGCAGAAUAGCUGUUAUUUCAUAAUAAAAAGAUAAAGAUUAUACAUUUUAAA